CUCAAUCCUAAGAACUAGAUCUCCCGUCCCGGGGGAGAAUCCCCGGACCCCCCUUCUUUUCAGCUUCCUUCCCACUGCAGCACCCUAAUAUCACCACCCAAUUCCAGAUCCGAAGGAGUAUCUCCACCCCAACCCAAACAAACACUCUACCUUAUCAGCUACACUGCACCACUCUACACCACAUAAAGUACCCAGUACCCCCGCCUUACCUCCACCACCAAUAACUACCACCAAUACUACUAUAACCACCACACCACUACCUACAAAACCAGAAGAAAAUGGGCGACCACACCCUCUUCUUCUACGGAACCCUCAUGGCCCCCCAAAUCCUGCACCGGGUCAUCCACGGCCGUCCCGACCCCGACCCCUGGCAGAAAGCAUACCUGACCAUCCAGCCCGCCAUCCUCCACCACUACCGGCGGCACCGGGUGCGGCACGCCGAUUACCCGGGCAUCGUGGCUGUGCCUACCCCCGUCCCGGGAAGUUCUCCAGGGGAAGCGAGUGGGGAGGACGCUGUCAGCAAGGAAGAUUUGGCAGCAGACUCACUCCCCAGGCACGCGGUUCAAGCAGAAGCAGCAGAAGCAAGCUCGGCCUCCGUGCUGGGGACGUUGGUGACGGGGUUGACGGAGGGGGAUGUGUAUCGGUUGGAUUUGUUUGAGGGGGAUGAGUAUACGAAAGUCAAAGUUAGGGUUCAAGUUAUGCGGGAGGGGGAGGGUGGGGAUGAGGAGGGCGUGCGGGUGGGACUGGAGACGGCUGCUGCCUCUGCUCCUGACGGCACAGAGACAGAAGAAGAGGUCGAGGCGCUGACGUACGUUUGGACCGCCGGGAGGGAGCGGUUGGAGGAGGCCGAGUGGGAUUUCGAGGCCUUCAAGAGGGAUAAGAUGGCUUGGUGGGUCGAGGCGGAUGAGCGGGAUUGGUGAUCACCUUUCAUCAGACUAGACUUUAGACAAU